AUCCCUCCGCCCCUCCCGUUAUCCUUUCCUCUGGGUUUUUUUUUUUAUUUUUUUAAUUUGGCGUUUCCGCUCUAUCGCAUUCACGUUGGAGUCAGUCUCUAGUCUUCCGGUGGCUUGGAUAGUUAUUCCGGUGGUUUACGGUAAAUCGGACCUUUCCUCCCCCCGGGAUUAUAGAGCUGUAAAAUCUGUACUAAGAGGCUGCAGCUUUGGGGGCCCGCUCGGAACACACGGUCCGGAUGGUGCCGGGUUUCCCAACAUAUGGUACGUGAAGCUCCGGUGGCACAGCAGGUGGUGUGUGGGGCAAGCUUCUUUGUUUACUGAUGCUUUAACGGUCUGAAAAUGCUUGAGUGGAGCAAGGAUUCAUUACUUGCUGUCCUGGCUGCUGCUUAAUGACAAUCUUCACCCAGGGACCGAGGGGUGAGUGCAAGACUCUACUCCCGCAAUAGUCCCUCCUUUUCCGACUGCACUGAGAUUCGGGAUCAGAAGCUGAAAGAUCAUGUAUAGUUCCAGUAUGAUGCCACUUGUAUCAGUCAUUGGCCAUCUACUGCUUCUUGCCGGAAGCAAUGCUGACAGUGCUCCAGAGUUCAUCAAGAGACCAAGUGAUCAGAUAGGCGUUUCGGGGGGCGUGGCUUCCUUUGUCUGUCAAGCAACAGGAGACCCCAAACCUCGCGUCAGUUGGAAUAAGAAAGGCAAAAAAGUGAAUUCCCAAAGAUUUGAGAAUAUAGAAUUUGAUGAGGGAGCUGGGGCAGUUCUGCGUAUUCAACCUCUAAGGACACCAAGAGAUGAGAAUGUGUAUGAAUGUAUCGCUCAAAACAUUCACGGCGAAAUUAUGGUCAGCGCCAAACUCACCGUCCUAAGAGAGGAUCAGUUACCACCAGGUUUUCCAAACAUUGAUAUGGGCCCCCAGUUGAAAGUUGUAGAGCGUACAAGAACAGCCACUAUGCUUUGUGCUGCCAGUGGGAACCCAGAUCCUGAAAUAACCUGGUUUAAAGACUUCCUCCCUGUGGAUCCAAGUACCAGCAGUGGCCGAAUAAAACAGCUUAGAUCAGGUGCUCUACAAAUUGAGGACAGUGAAGAAACUGAUCAGGGAAAGUACGAGUGUGUGGCCACCAACAGCGCCGGCGUUCGUUAUUCUUCACCUGCUAAUCUAUACGUGAGAGUUCGCCGUGUUGCUCCAAGAUUUUCCAUUCUUCCUGUGAGCCAUGAGAUCAUGCCAGGUGGCAACGUAAACAUUACUUGUGUUGCCGUGGGCUCACCAAUGCCAUAUGUGAAGUGGAUGAUGGGAGCUGAAGAUUUGACCCCAGAAGAUGACAUGCCAGUUGGGCGCAAUGUCCUGGAACUCACAAAUGUUAAGGAGUCUGCCAACUACACAUGUGUUGCAAUGUCCAGUCUUGGUGUGAUUGAGUCAGUAGCACAGAUCACUGUGAAGUCUUUACCUAAAGCACCAGGUACUCCUGUAGUGACAGAAACCACAGCCACUAGCAUCACUAUCACAUGGGAUUCAGGAAAUCCUGAUCCUGUGUCUUACUAUGUUAUUGAGUAUAAGUCCAAAAGCCAAGACGGCCCAUAUCAGAUCAAGGAGGACAUCACCACUACAAGAUACAGCAUUGGUGGGCUCAGUCCCAACUCAGAAUAUGAGAUUUGGGUGUCUGCAGUCAACUCUAUUGGACAGGGACCACCCAGUGAGCCAGUUGUCACACGGACAGGAGAGCAAGCACCUGCAAGCGCACCCCGAAAUGUCCAAGCCAGAAUGCUUAGCUCCACUACCAUGAUAAUACUUUGGGAGGAGCCAGUGGAGCCAAAUGGUCAGAUUCGGGGUUAUCGUGUUUAUUAUACCAUGGAGCCUGACAAGCCUGUAAGCAACUGGCUUAAGCAUAACGUAGAUGGUAGUCUCUUGACUACGAUUGGAAGUCUGUCGGAGCAUGAAACCUACACAGUGCGAGUCUUAGCCUUUACAUCAGUAGGGGAUGGACCACUCUCUGAUCCUAUCCAAGUAAAGACACAGCAAGGAGUACCUGGACAGCCAAUGAAUUUUAGAGCUGAAGCAAAAUCAGAAACCCGUAUUGUUCUCACAUGGAGCCCCCCAAGUCAGGACAGCAUUCUAAAAUAUGAGCUUAUCUACAAAGAAGGGGAUCAAGGAAUUGAGAUCAGAAAGAGCUUUGACCCAGCGACAUCCCAUUCAGUGGAAGGCUUAAAACCCAACACAGAGUAUUUAUUCCGAUUGGCUGCUCGUUCUACUCAGGGGAUGGGCGCUUGGACCUUGGACGUCAGAGAGAGGACCAUGCAGUCCAAACCGUCUGCCCCCCCUCAAGAUGUAAAGUGUUUGAGCAUGAGGUCUACCACCAUACUGGUAAGUUGGAAACCACCUCCAGCUGAGAGCCAAAACGGCAUCCUGGCUGGAUACAGUGUGCGCUAUCAAGCUUUGGACUCUGAAGAAUCUGAACCCAAAGAGAUCAAAGACAUUCCUCCACAAAGCACACAAAUCUUAUUGGAAGCAUUGGAAAAGUGGACCGAGUACCGAAUCACAGUUGUGGCACACACUGAAGUUGGACCAGGUCCUGAGAGCUCGCCCGUUGUGAUACGCACCGAUGAAGAUGUGCCGAGUGCCCCACCACGUAAAGUUGAGGUGGAGGUACUGAAUUCGACUGCUGUUAAAGUUUUUUGGCGUUCUCCUAUCCAGAACAGACAACAUGGCCAGAUCCGUGGCUACCAAGUUCACUAUGUUCGGAUGGAGAAUGCAGAGGCUAAAGGGUUGCCUCAGAUAAAGGACGUCAUGCUGGCUGAUGCACAGUGGGAAAUGGAUGACACAGCUGAAUAUGACAUGAUUAUUGCUGGACUCCAGCACGAUACCUCCUAUUCCAUCACAGUAGCAGCAUACACGAUGAAAGGAGAUGGAGCUCGCAGCAAACCAAAGCUUGUGACUACAAAAGGAGCAGUUCCAGGGAAGCCAGAGCUCUCUGUGCAUCAGACAACUGACACCAGUCUUCUUGUUCAAUGGGAACCACAAAGUGAGUUAAAGGGACAGAUCCUUGGGUACCGUCUGCAAUUUGGACGGCAAGAUGUGAACCCACUUGCAACCCUAGAGUUUGAAGCCCAAGAAAACAAGUAUUUUGCUACCAAUAUUCACAAGGGAGCCACAUAUGUAUUUAAACUGGCAGUCAAAAGUCGGGCGGGCUUUGGUGAAGAAGCUAUGAAAGAGUUCACCAUACCAGAAGAAGCACCUAAGGGUUAUCCUCAAAUUAUUGACACAGGCAAUAUUACUUCUGUGUCCAUUCAUUUCAACUGGCUGCCUCCAGUUCUGGCAGAAAGGAAUGGUGUUAUCACCAAAUAUACAGUUGCAUAUCGAGAAGCUGGAUCUCCAGGAAACCCCUUGGAAAAGGACAUGUCAUCUUCAGAAAGCUCUGUCUUGCUGAGCAACCUCAAGCCAAACACUGUUUAUGAAGUCAAAAUACGUGCGCACACCAAUAAAGGUCCUGGGCCUUACAGUCCAACUGUCCAGUACCGCACGUUCCUUCUAGAUCAAGUUUUACCAAAGAAUUUUAAAGUUAAGAUGGUCACAAAGACAUCUGUACUCUUAAGCUGGGAAUUCCCAGAGAAUUACAACUCACUGAUGCCCUACAAGAUUCAAUACAAUACCCAGUCAGUGGAUGUGGAUGGUCGUACAACCAAGAAACUGAUCACCAACCUAAAGCCCAAAACCUAUUAUAAUUUUAUUCUCACAAGUCGAGGCAACACUAUGGGGGGACUACAGCAAAACGUGGCUGCACGCACUGCUCCCAACAUGUUGGGUCUGAAACCUUUGGUAACUCGAAAACCAGACUCAGAUGGUAGCAUAACAGUCAUUCUACCUGAAGUGGAAACCUCUGAGCCCGUGAGGAACUAUUAUAUUGUGGUGGUACCUUUGCGGAAGUUACGUGGACAAUUCUUAAAUCCUUGGGGUAGCCCGGAAGAGAUGGAUCUAGAGGAGCUGGUUCAGAGUAUCACAAGGGUGCACCGCCGAAGCUUGCGCCAUUUGAGACACGUUGAAUACCCUAAACCGUAUAUUGCUGCCCGCUUCCGCACAUUGCCUGGACAUUUUACUCUUGGAGACCAACAGAUUCAUGAUGGCUUUGAGAACAAAGCUUUAGAUGUUGGGCAAAGAUAUGUCUUCUUUAUAUUAGCCAUGUUAGAAGGCGCUGAGGCAAAAAUGUUUGCAGCAAGUCCAUAUUCUGACCCAAUCCAAAUUGAUGACCCAGAUCCUCAGCCAAUAAUUGAUGGAGAAGAGGGCCUUAUUUGGGUUAUUGGACCCGUGCUUGCUGUUGUUUUUAUUAUCUGUAUUGUUAUUGCCAUUCUACUCUAUAAAAACAAACGAAAGAACUCUGAACCCAGAACGAAAUGUCUUCUCAAUAAUGCUGAAAUCACUCCUCAUCACCCGACUGACCCAGUGGAAAUGAGACGAAUCAAUUUCCAGACACCAGAUUCUGGUCUCAGCAGUCCCCUCAGUGACCCUGAGUUUGACUUUGAAAGCAUGCUUAAUCACCCGCCGAUCCCAAUCGCUGAUCUAUCAGAACACACAGAACAUCUAAAGGCAAAUGAUAACCUCAAGUUAUCCCAGGAGUAUGAGUCCAUUGAUCCUGGACAGCAGUUCACUUGGGAGCACUCUAACCUUGAAGUGAACAAGCCCAAGAAUCGAUAUGCUAAUGUGAUUGCCUAUGACCACUCCCGGGUUAUUCUUCUGCCCAUUGAAGGAAUUAUUGGUAGCGAUUACAUCAAUUCAAACUAUAUUGAUGGCUAUCGGAAGCAGAAUGCAUACAUAGCUACGCAGGGAGCUUUGCCGGAGACCUUUGGAGAUUUUUGGCGCAUGGUGUGGGAGCAGCGUUCUGCCACCAUUGUAAUGAUGACAAAGCUAGAAGAAAAAUCUCGGAUAAAAUGUGACCAAUACUGGCCAAGUCGAGGAGCAGAGACCUAUGGGAUGAUUCAAGUAACUCUCCUGGAUACAAUAGAAUUGGCUACUUUCUGCGUGCGGACGUUCUCCCUGCAUAAGAAUGGAUCCAGUGAAAAGAGAGAGGUACGACAGUUCCAGUUCACUGCCUGGCCUGACCAUGGCGUUCCCGAAUACCCAACCCCAUUCCUUGCAUUCCUUAGAAGAGUUAAAACCUGCAACCCCCCUGAUGCUGGACCAAUCGUGGUACAUUGCAGUGCUGGCGUUGGGCGUACUGGCUGCUUUAUAGUUAUAGAUGCCAUGUUGGAGAGGAUAAAGUAUGAGAAGACUGUAGAUAUUUAUGGUCAUGUUACUCUAAUGCGGUCACAGCGCAAUUAUAUGGUACAGACAGAAGAUCAGUACAGCUUCAUCCAUGAUGCUUUGCUGGAAGCUGUUGCUUGUGGGAACACGGAGGUGCCAGCCAGAAACCUGUAUACUUACAUCCAGAAGCUGGCACAGAUUGAGGUGGGAGAACAUGUCACAGGCAUGGAGCUGGAAUUUAAGCGCCUUGCCAAUUCAAAAGCUCAUACAUCCAGGUUCAUUAGCGCCAAUCUUCCUUGCAACAAAUUCAAAAAUCGCCUUGUUAAUAUCAUGCCAUACGAGACAACACGGGUUUGCCUUCAGCCAAUCAGAGGAGUAGAGGGGUCUGAUUAUAUCAAUGCAAGCUUCAUCGAUGGAUAUAGACAACAGAAAGCUUACAUUGCAACUCAAGGACCACUCGCAGAAACCACUGAAGAUUUUUGGAGGAUGCUAUGGGAGAAUAAUUCCACCAUAGUUGUGAUGUUAACAAAGCUUAGAGAGAUGGGUCGGGAAAAAUGCCACCAAUAUUGGCCAGCAGAGCGAUCUGCACGGUAUCAGUACUUUGUAGUAGAUCCAAUGGCAGAGUAUAACAUGCCCCAGUAUAUCUUAAGGGAAUUUAAAGUCACAGAUGCUCGGGAUGGCCAGUCCCGUACAGUCCGCCAAUUUCAGUUCACAGAUUGGCCAGAGCAAGGUGUGCCAAAGUCAGGGGAAGGCUUCAUUGAUUUCAUUGGGCAGGUGCACAAAACAAAGGAACAGUUUGGCCAGGAUGGUCCCAUCAGUGUUCAUUGCAGUGCUGGGGUUGGCAGAACUGGGGUAUUUAUUACCCUAAGUAUUGUGCUGGAAAGGAUGCGUUAUGAAGGAGUGGUAGAUAUUUUCCAGACCGUGAAGAUGCUGCGAACACAAAGGCCAGCAAUGGUACAGACAGAGGAUGAAUAUCAGUUUUGCUACCAGGCUGGUUUGGAAUAUCUUGGCAGCUUUGAUCACUAUGCAACAUAAGAAGCCAUCAUUUGGUGGACUUUGCCAACUAUUGAAGUCCGAUGCAGCAUCUGCUGACCCUCUAAAAGAGACUGAACUCAUGAAUCCAAAAGCAAAUUGACUUGUGCUCCUGGGGUGGGAGGGAGAUGAACUAAAAUAUAUCAAGUAUACAUGUUUUGGAUUUCUGGUGUGGAGAAACUUUUGAAGAUGUGUUUGGUCACAUCUAUUUCAAGCUGUUUCAGGGCUGAUACCUCAAGCAGUGUUCUUGGAUACAAGUGGACCUUACAUACAAGGAAAUACUCCUAACAGAGCCUCACAUAUCAAGUGCUCUCAAGGAAGGAGAGCAGAGACUAGUUGUUGCAUUCUUGCAGUUCAUGUUUUAUUUUCUGUCUCAUAAGAUAGACAUGUGCAAACAGGAUAGUGCCGUUUUCCUGAAAUUAAUAUAUAUUAAGUAUGUCUUAACUUAUCCAGGAACCCUUUACCCAACAUGGGUAGACAUUGAGAUUAGGCAGACCAUGGGCACAAAAUAAUGUUAAAGAUCAUUACUAUUUAACCCUUCUACCUGUCUCUUGACUUGCAACAUUCCUUACUGUUGAAUUCUAAAUAUUUUUCCAAUUUGUCACAAUAAUCCCACCUCUGACAAAAGGGGUUUUCAGAUGGUUUCAGCUCAACUAAUCAUGUUUUUCUAUUCAUUCCCAUCAACAGAAGCUCUAUUUGCUCUAAUGUUCUCAAAAGAAUUGUUGCAGAUUCAUGAAGUAAAACAAUUAGUCUGUGCUCCCCCCAGAUAAGUAAAACAAGAUGGCUAUUUCAUUGGACACCAAUUCCCAGCCACACUAGAAGUGUCCUGUUUUGCAUAUUUCUAUUUCCAUGGCGCAGUGCGUUCAGAAUCCAAGUGCCGCUUGUAUAACAAUUCUGACGUGACUGAGUGUAUGACAGUAGCUUGCUUUAAAGUAUCAUUGUAUAUGUAUCCAAUUAAGUGACAUUAAACCCAAACCCUUUUUUUAUAUAUUGUAUUUUCCCUUUUUCUUUUUUUUUUCUUUUUUUAUUUUAAUGUAAAAAAAAUGAUGUGCUUCUCUUCAAAUACUGUUCAAAGACGGUCUAUUUUUUCACUGUAGAGAUGUUCCAUGUGAUUCCUACUAUGUAUACUGUGCUAGCUGCUCUUCAUCAAACUGCUUUUCUACCUUGAAAAGCAAUGAACCAGAUAGAUUAUUCCUCUCUAUCAUGUAAAAUGGGUAAUGUAGGCUUCAUCAGCCUGGUGAUUGCUAAUAUGCAUCUAGUAAUGAUAUCCAAAGGUUUUUAUGGCAAUUUGGUUAAUUGUGUGGAUGGGCCGGGGCAAAGUGUAUCAACUAACUUAUCGUAGGGAGAAAAUGAAGUCUUUACUUUAUGAAGUGCUUUACUGGGGGGAAGAUGCGUAACCACAGUAAAAGGCAAUGAGGACCAAAUUAAUCAUUCUCUUACAAAGCACUCUGUUUCGGUGUUAUACUGAUACUUUUGUAUUACAUCUCUAUUACAUGUGCAGUCUCUCUUCAGCCUAUACUCCUGCCCCCCAUUAACAUCAGUAUAAGACAGAGAACCCACAAGCGUUUUCCUUUUAACUUAGCUAUGUAUUAAAGUAAGGUGGUUUUAUCUCCUGAGAGGAAGACUAAAUGGCGGUUACACCUUUUACAGAAAAUAUGCCCAGCAGGUAAAUUAAUGGUAAAAGUACAAUCUUAAUUAUCGAUGAAAUUCCAUUCAUUGUAUCCUUUCUCGAUGACAUUGGCGACCCAUUAAGAUAUUUGAAGGUUAAAACAAAUUAUGCGACCUCUAGAAGAUGUUUCUUCUUUGUAAUGAACAAAAUGCUGCCACUUACCUACUGUAAUUUGGAACAGAAAUUAAAUGUGGUAUUUACACCACUGAUUUAUGUAGAUAUAUCAACUUUGUAUUAAAGAUUAAAAAGGAUAA